AUGCAACUGCGCUGGAGCGGCCACCUGGUGCGCAUGGACGACGAGCGACAACCCAAACGACUCUUCUACGGAGACGUCGCGACGGGUUCUCGUCGUCAAGGAGGCCAAAUUCGCCGUUACAAGGAUACCCUGAAGUCCUCCCUGAAGCGCCUGCAAAUCAACCCGACCAACUGGGAAGAGCUCGCACUCGAUCGUCCGACAUGGAGGAGAACAGUGAAGACGGGCGCUGCUAUCUAUGAAGCCAACCGAAUCGCCACCGCCAAAGCGAAACGCGAAGCCCGCAAAUCACAACUUCGCCCAGUCCGCAACGCCGCCGCACAACCUCUCCCUACGUGUCCUCGAUGUCAACGGACAUUCCGGGCACGAAUCGGACUUGUUGGACAUCUUCGGAUAACUGCACCUCUCGAACUGCUCCAGCCAUCGUCCCCCCGCCCGCCUCUUCCUCGUCCUCUCUUCCGCCAACUAACUCUGACACUCCUUCUGCACCACCACUUCCAUCCUCCUCCUCCUCGUCGUCUACUGCCUCAUCGACGACCGCUCAGGCGACUGUCGCGCAAGACAUAACCGCCAACUAACUCUGACACUCCUUCUGCACCACCACUUCCAUCCUCCUCCUCCUCGUCGUCUACUGCCUCAUCGACGACCGCUCAGGCGACUGUCGCGCAAGACAUAACCCUGACACAACACCAGGCAUCAUCCCUUCAGCAUCCGGCUCCAGACGUGAGGACCAGGAAUACACCUUCCCUCACUGCGAUCGCACCUUCGCCUCACGCAUCGGCCUGGUCGGUCACUUGCAAAUCCAUCGCACAGAGACCGGUGAACCAGUGCCUGGAGCACCAAACUACACCCACCGCACUCGCCUCCACUGCCCACACUGCCCUCGCGCCUUCACUCAUCGCAUGGGUCUAUUCGGCCACAUGCGCAUCCAUGAGAGCUGCACUGACCGCAGCCUUGACACACCCACAACGCCAGGCCCCACUCCCAGUUCAUCACCUUGUGCACCCACCAACCUCUCCGCAAACGCCGUCGAUGCCACCGACUUUUCCACCCUUCACUCCUCCCCUUCCUACUCCUCUUCAUCCUUCACUGCCACAACGACGGCCGCCUCGGCGUCUGUCACCCACGACUUCACCACAGCCGCACCUGACACAACAACAGGCACGACCCCUGCAACCUCCAUCAUCAGACGUGAGGGCCAGGACUACAUCUGCCCUCACUGCGAUCGCACCUUCACUUCACGCAUCGGCCUGGUCGGUCACUUGCGAAUCCAUCGCACAGAGACUAGCGAACCAGUGCCUGGAGCACCAACCUACACUCACCGCACUCGCCUCCACUGCCCACACUGCCCUCGCACCUUCACGCAUCGCAUGGGUCUAUUCGGCCACAUGCGCAUCCACGAGAGCGGAAUUGACCACAGUUCCGAUACACCAACCACGCCCGUCAUGCCCAGCACCACCCUCGCACUAUCCGUCUGCACCACCACCAACGCCUCCUCUGUAGCUGACACUGACACCGCCGCCUUCACAUGCCCACACUGUCCACGCACAUUCACCUCUCGUAUCGGCCUGGUCGGUCACUUGCGAAUCCAUCGCACAGAGACCGGAGAACCAGUGCCUGGAGCACCAACCUACACUCACCAAGCUCGACUCAACUGCCCACACUGUCCUCGCACUUCCAGGCAUCGUAUGGGCCUAUUCGGUCACAUGCGCAUCCAGGACGACCUGCGGUAG